CGUUCCCACGCUUUUUCUACCCGUCUCUCUCUGCAGGACACUCCAUAUUCUCUCUCUCUCUCGUCUCUUCAGUUUCUCUUUCUUAAUCUUCUUCAUCUUCUUCCUCUCUGGUUCAGCUUUCUCUUUGUAUGGCCGCCAACUCCAAUAGCCGAGGAAUCGCCAGCGUCGGGAAGCGACUCGUCAAUCAGAUCUGGCUGGCCAAUAACACUUCCAGGAGAGCUGCAUACAGCUCGUUGUAUGAGAAGAAUCUGGACGAUCCGGUUCGACCAAGUGCGGUCCCUGACGAUGUGAUCCAGGCGGCCCAAUCUGACAAGUACUGGGCCCCACACCCACAGACUGGGGUUUUUGGGCCCGCCGCUGAGCAAGGCGGUUCUCCCUCAGCUACUGACGGCGCGGACCGGAGCUUCCACUCGGCCACCGCCGAUGCCGGAGCUGACUCAGUGCUGGAGGAAAAAGCCUGGUUCCGCCCUGUGAGUCUUGAGGACACGGAGAAGCCCAACAACUAGCUUUCCCUUGUUAUCUUAAGUAAGUAAUUUACUAAUGGAGUUCUGAAACAUAUCGGUGCGUACGUGAAUAAUAUCUUAGCGUUGUAUGUUUUCUAGUGUGAAGGUUUUGUGUGAACACAAAGCCAUUUAUUUAUGGUUGUAUGGUUAUUCCUUUACAUAUUAUUAUGGAUUGGAACUUUUAUGACUAAAUCUACGGUAAUGUUUAUUAUAUA